AUGGCAUCGCCUGAUAAUCAACAUCUGUGGUCAAAAAGAGACAAUCUGAAGUUAUUGGAAUGCAUGAAGAAUAUUAUCCCCUCGGAUGACUCCAGAGGAUUCAAACAAACCCUGGAAGACCUAGACUGGAACAAAGUGGCUUUUGGGCAGUUUUCGGGAGAAAUGUGCAGACAGAAGUGGACGAAGAUCUCCCAUUGUCUGAGGAAGUCCCGCACACUGUCAGAGUUACUGCUGGAAGCCUCCGAAUAUGUCAAACAAACUCCCAGAAGUAAGGCAAUCGAGAAGCAUCCCGACUUCCCCAAAAGACCCCUGACUGCCUAUCUGCGCUUCUACAAGGAGCAUCUGGAGAAAUACUCUCAGAUGUAUCCCAAGUACAACAGCCGACAGCUGACCAAAAUCCUGGCUGAGAAAUACAAGCAGCUGCCACAGGAGAUCAAGGACAGAUAUAUUCAGGAGUUCCAGAAGGAGAAACAAGAAUUUCCGGAAAAACUGGCUAAAUUCAAGGAAACUCACCCUGGUAUAGAGUAUUAUAAGAAAUAUAGAGUGUCCACGAGCCCCCAAACUAAAGCCCCUAAGAAACCACAAGGAGAUAUGAAAAACAUAAGGUCUCCUCUAGAAACAGAAUUUCCCAAAACAUUUUCUACAGUGAUAAAAUUUCAGGGAGAACCCAAGAAACCCCCUAUAAAUGCAUAUCACAAAUUUCACCAAGAUUCAUGGUCAAGUACGGAGCUGCAGCAUCUACCCUUAAGGGAACGUUGGGUUGAGAUUAGCAGACGGUGGCAUCAAGUCCCAGGGAGCCUGAGAGAGCAUUAUAACCGUCAGGUCGAAGAGUUACAGAAAGAGUACUGGGUGGAGAUGGACCUCUGGCUCAAGGGAUUGUCUCCCGAGGAAGCCACCGCAUAUCGAGAGGCAAAAGCCACUUGUGGUAAGAGAAAGAACUUGGCCAUGUCUGGGGGCAGAAGCCCCAAAUUUGGAGAAACAGAGCAUCAGUCCACCUCAGCAACGGAGGGGCUCCAAUCCAGUUCUGGAGAAGGGCUGCUACCUCCUGAAACAGAUUCCUCAGAGACUAUUCAGGGCUAUGAUGGUGGCUCCCAGGCAGGCGGGCAGAAUAUGAUGGAAAAUGGCAAAGAGGAAGACCCCAUCGGCUCCUCGGACUCUUCUAGCAGCUCCUCGGACUCCUCUAGCAGCUCCUCGGACUCCUCUAGCAGCUCCUCGGACUCCGCUAGCAGUGAAGAUGAAGAUGAUGGGCACGUUCCUUAG